AUGCACAACAAGAGGCAAGAUUGUCCUGCUUUCGGCUCAACGUGCCACAAGUGCAAGAAAAGCAACCAUUUCGCGUCGGUCUGUAAUUCAACGCGACGAGAUCAAGUUAAUACUGUCGGAGAUGAAAACGACUCGGAUUCUGAUCUCUCAGUUCUCACAGUUGAUGUAGUCUCCGCAAUCCCCGGUAAAGGUAAACAAGUCCUUGCCAAGUUAACAUUCUGCAUUCAAGACAAAUACAAGACGUCUAUGGAGUGCCAACUAGACACCGGUGCCUCGUGCAACGUGAUCAGUCAUCGAGAUCUGUCUAUUCUGUUGCAGAACGGAUCACCUCCACUUAACCACAGUUCAUUCAAGCUUAGAUUGUUUGAUGGAUCAAUCAUGCGCACCCUGGGAGAAACACACCUAACUGCAGAACAUGAAGGAAAAUGCCACACCCUAAAGUUUCAAGUGGUCGACUGCACAAACAAACCUUUGCUAUCUGCUGAAGCCUGUGAGCGAAUGGGUCUCCUGAAGUUCAACUUCACCCCUCCGGAACGUGUGAACAUGAUGGAAAAUAUGGCAGACCUCCCUCUUACAAAGGAAAAGAUCUUAAGCAGUUACAAAGAUGUUUUUGAUGGCAUAAGACACAUCGGUAACUCCUCGUUGGUGACAGACGACAACAUAAAACCAAUCCAACACACACCCAGACGUGUACCAGUCGCGCUUCACGACGAGGUAAAAGACAAGCUGUCAGACCUGGAGAAGAGAGGCAUCAUUCAGAAGGUAACUCAACCUACGGAAUGGAUUAGUAGCAUGGUGGUUGUAGCAAAACUGGGCAAAAUAAGGAUAUGCUUGGAUCCUAGAGACUUGAACAAAGCCUUGAAACGCCCCAAGUACCAGAUGCCGACACUGGAGGAACUUCUUCCCAAACUAGGAAAAGCAAAGGUAUUAUCCACGCUUGAUGCGAAAGAUGGAUUUUAUCAGAUCGCCCUGGACAAACAAAGUAGCAUGAAAACAGCAUUUCGGACCCCGUAUGGACGAUACUGUUACAAACGAAUGCCUUUUGGGAUCAGCGUAGCACCCGAAGAGUUCGAGUGA